GCUUGUUGUCCGUAGUCGUCGUGGUCUACCCUCUUUUUUCUGGACGCGCUAGUGCUGUCGCCGCACCCACGUCCAUGUAUUUGUACUAGAGAGGCGGAGUUAAAGGAGGAGGGGUGAAAGGGAAUAUAGAGAGCAAAAGGAAAGAAAUCGACUUUAGUGGAGCUCUUGAGGGGGUGGGGGAAUGUAAUAAAGCCAAUAAUCCUUACCGUUUGUUGAAAAAAGAAUCGAUAACCAGCGCAUCACUUCACGUAGAGACUGGCGACGGUGUUUCUCCAGUGGAAAGGAACCUAGAAUAACUUGCAAUGAAUGGUGACUCUGGUGUGGGGGUGGUUACUUCCCCACCCCCUUCAACUGCUCCGCACAAGGAGAAAUACUUUGACCGAGUUGAUGAGAACAAUCCUGAAUACCUCAGAGAAAGAAAUAUGCCACCGGAUUUGCGCCAGGAUUUCAAUAUGAUGGAACAGAGGAAAAGGGUUUCCAUGAUUCUACAAAGUCCGGCUUUUUGUGAAGAAUUGGAAUCAAUGAUUCAGGAACAACUCAAAAAAGGAAAAAAUCCUACUAGUCUACUUGCAUUACAACAGAUUGCAGAUUUCAUGACAACAAAUGUACCUAGUAUGUACCCUGCUGCACCACAGGGUGGAAUGGCUGCAUUAAACAUGAGUCUUGGAAUGGUUACCCCUGUGAAUGAUCUCCGUGGAUCUGAAUCUGUUGCAUAUGACAAAGGGGAGAAGUUACUACGUUGUAAGCUAGCAGCCUUCCACCGACUGGCAGACCUGUUUGGAUGGUCACAACUUAUCUACAACCACAUAACAGUCAGAGUCAGUUCUGAACAGGAACAUUUCCUCAUUGUACCUUUUGGCCUCCUUUACAGUGAGGUCACUGCAUCCAGUUUGGUUAAAGUUAAUCUUCAAGGCGACAUAAUUGAUCGGGGCUGCACCAAUUUGGGAAUAAAUCAGGCUGGCUUUACUUUGCACUCUGCCAUCUAUGCAACUCGACCAGAUGUCCGAUGCAUCGUACACAUUCACACACCAGCUGGAGCUGCAGUUUCGGCAAUGAAGUGUGGCCUACUACCCAUUUCUCCAGAAGCAUUGGCACUUGGAGAGAUAGCUUACCAUGACUACCAUGGAAUUCUUGUGGAUGAGGGAGAAAAGAUUCUAAUACAAAAAAAUCUGGGCCCUAAGAACAAGGUGCUCAUUCUAAGGAACCAUGGCCUAGUUGCUGUUGGUGAAACUAUUGAGGAAGCUUUCUAUUAUAUUCACAACCUGGUUGUAGCCUGUGAAAUUCAGGUUCGUACAAUGGCCAGUGCUGGAGGGCCUGACAAUUUGAUUCUGCUGGAUCCUGUAAAAUACAAAGCCAAGUCUCGCUGUCCUGAAUCUUCAGGGGGUGAUGAAAAUAGUUCACAUCCCAAAUGGCUGACUGGGGAGCAAGAAUUUGAAGCUAUAAUGAGAAUGUUGGAUAACCUGGGUUACAGAACUGGUUAUCCUUAUCGUUGUCCAGCUCUGCGAGAAAAAACUAAGAAUCGCAGUGAUGUUGAAAUCCCACCCUCUGCCACAGGUUUUACUUUCCCAGAGGACAGUGACUCUAGCUCUCGCUCCCCUCUCAAGCAAAGUUCUCAGAAACAGCAGCGGGAGAAGACAAGAUGGCUGAAUGCAGGCAGCACAGGCAGAGUUGAUGAAGUGCCUGAAGAAUCUAGGAAUGGUGACAGCCCCAAAUCGAAGACUAAGGUGUGGACGAACAUUACACACGAUCACGUGAAACCCUUGCUGCAGUCUCUCUCGUCCGGUGUCUGCGUGCCAAGCUGUAUUUCCAACUGCUUGUGGAUGAAGGAUGCAGCUGGACCAAUUCCCAAUCAGUUCGUGCCGCUAAACACUGACCCACGUGAGUUCAAAGAGAUGAGGAAUAAGAUUCGAGAACAAAAUCUUCAGGAUAUAAAGACUGCGGGUCCUCAAUCUCAGUUAUUAUGUGGUGUUGUACUCGAUAGAUCCUUUGCUCAGAAUUUAUCUAUGUGGGAGGAUGCACCUCUCUCAGACUGUACGGAGUUUAUUGAUGGUCUCGAACUCUCAAAGCAAGCCUUAAAUCCUGCUAACCCUGUUAGAAAGGGUGAGUUGGUGACUGCAUCAAAGGCAAUCAUCGAGAAGGAAUAUCAACCACGGGUAAUCGUGAGCACUGCCCCAAAUCCCUUCAAUAAACUGACAGACCGUGAACUUGAUGAGUACCGGAAAGAAGUUGAACGCAAGCAGAAGGGCCCUGAAGCUGAGAAUGCUACAGCCCAAAUUGGUGACAUCUUGGCAAAAGUAGAGUUCACUCAAGUGCACCAAGAAUGCCCUGUUGGCAAACCAGAUGACAUAGCAAUUAUAUCGCAAAUGCACCCUAUCCCGGAGAAAGUGGCUGAUACCGAAGUUGAUCAAAACCAAAGUCUGCCCUCAGUGCAUGAACCUGUCCAUAACCAAGAUAAUACAACAGAAACAAAAUCUCACAUCAGCCAAGGAAACUCUACAAAGGGAGAGUCUCAUUACAGUUACAAGCAAAUGUUGGAUCCGGAACCUCCCUGCAAUGUAGGCCAGGUCUCCGUGCAAUUCAGCCCAGAACAUGUGGACAGAAAAGAAUCUCUACAUAACCAGUUACGCAGUGCUGUUGUCAAGGCACUUGCUAGUUCUGGUGACCGUAUUUCUUCAUCUGACCCUUCAGGUGCUGGUCAGCAGGAGAUUUUAGAGUCCCAGUCAGUGGAUGAAAAAGUAAAUGAUCGACAGAGUCCUGCAGACCACACACCUACCCGCACUCCUCCCAGCACUCCAACAAAAUUAGAUGAUGAAUUGCAAGUGGAACAGACAUGCAAGGAUGACAGUGCUGCAACUUUCCAACAGUCCCUGCCAGACCUCACCCCUGAUGAGCCCUCGGAAGCGCUGACCUUCCCGACUUCUGGAAAAGAGGAGUCGGACAGUCCAAGCAAAGAUCUGAGUAGGAAGCUUGAUGAGCUGACCACGGCUGAGCUCCAAGAAGUGCCCUCCACACCACCACCUGAGCAAGUGUCAACGCCACCAGCUGAGGACAUGGCAGAUGCAGCUAGCGAUGAGUCUCCCAGCAAGUCACCUUCGAAGAAGAAGAAAAAGUUCCGCACUCCUUCCUUCCUGAAGAAGAACAAGAAGAAAAGCGAAUCCUAAGAAAAAUCUAGUCUUUACCUAGGGAAGGCAGGAUGCCCUCAUUUUGCAGAUCGAUUCUAAUUCAUUUUUAGAAUGUACAAGAUUGUAUCGUUUAGUGUUAUGUCUUAUUAAAAACAUCCAUGUAACGGAAUGCAAAGAAAAGUCUAGUAUAGCUUGAUUGAUAUGGAAAGUGACAGGACAUUUUUUUUGACAUAAAACAAAAAAAAAGGUGCUAAUCCUUUCAGUGCAGUAGGUGCAACCCGCUAAGUGUUUAAUUGCAGCAUGGUUUACCACUUUGGGAUGAGGCAGAAGAAUAAUGAAACCAGAGGAAGCCUUUUUUUAAUACGAUUAUAUUGUAAUGAUGAAUUAAUUGCUUUGUCGAUGUAAUAUGCAGAUAUUGUAGUAAUGACAUGAAUUUUAUUGCAGGUGAGACGUCCUGUGACUGUUAAAUACCAGCCAUCUGCAAUGCUGCCUAAAUGGUGUGGGGAUGUGUUUUAAAGGAAGGUUAUUAAAUGUGACUUGUAAAUUGGCACAGAUCAUGAGUUGCUUACUUUAUAAAUGAAAAUGAAUGCUCUAGGUAAAUUGCUGAAUCAUGACUAUCAUCUUUUCAGUUUAAGGCAAAUUUCUCUCCUUAUUUUGUCCGUGCACAAUUUUUAAAGCAAUUGUUGACUGCAGCCCAUUGGUAAACUUGGUACGGUAUCUGUCAACAAUGCUUGGUUCUAUCCUGAGAAUUGUCACAAAAUGAGUUUCCACAUUUUGGAUAUUUCUCAGAGCAAGGUGUUCAGCAUGACCAAUCUUCAUUGUUUUUUGUUCAGGAGCUUAACAUGAACUGGUUGAGUGGAUCUGGUGACUCACUUACCCAUUUUGUUUGCUACACCAGUCAAAGUACAUUGUGUGGUUGUUUGAAAGGGAAGGAAAAAAGGUACACAACAUACCUAUAUUUUACUAACAGAAGAGUUAGAUCCAGCUGAUGGUCAAGUCAUGCUUUAAUGCUGGAAUUGUAUGUAAAACAAAAUUAAGACUUGCAUUUAUAUAGUAUUCUAUUGUAUCUCUAGAGAAACCGCUCCAAUUAUUUUGAAGUGCAGUGAUUGUUUAUUUAGGUAUAUGUGGCAUUUAAAGGAUGUUUCAUUUAGCCAGGAAUUCUGUGUAAUGGCUAACAUGUUGCGUCCCUUUUUUAAUGUAUUGCUUUUAAAUGUAACAGAUUCAGCAACAGAGUUAUUAUGUUUUUAAGAUUCGAUGUGAAAGAGAAAUUGGAUAGAAAGGAGGGUGUCAAUUUUUGCCCUGUGCCAAGGCCGCCCUCUGUUACAAAUGGAGGAAAAUAAAUUCAUAAAAUCCUACAAUGUGAACAAUACAAAUAAAAGCCACUUGAGACAUGUUUUUAAUAAGGCAACAACCAAAGCUACUUGGAAUUUGCCAGGUACAUGCUGCCUGACCCAUCCUAUCUUCACUAAACAAGGAGUAGGACAAUCUCUGCAGAAUGUCCUAAAUUCUUUGUCAUAAUACCGGAUAUGAAAACUUCACGAUUUCACAUAAUUAAAACAGUCUAUUUCUUGCAACUAAUGUUCUCAUAAUCUUAAUUUCUCCAAUAAAUAUGGAGACAAUUGCUUUUUAAAAAUUUACAGUAACAUCAGAUUGGUGGAAACCUACACAAUCCACUGGGGAGGUAUUGGUGUACAUAAAUUACAUCAUUUGGCGCUAACUGCCUACUCCCUCCAUGCAGAAAACUUCAGACACCACUGCCUAUGGUUUCUGGCUGAAAUUCCUUCAUCACCAGUGGGGAGGCCUUGGUUUGGGUAUCUGUAACUUUUAUGCUGGAGACUUAACAAUGUGGUUCACAUGUUGAAGUCCAGCUGCUGACUUCCCCUUUCAAAGCAGGUCUACUGGUGGGUUGAGGCAGGGCCGUAGUCGAAGUGGCAGCAAAUCAAAAAGCAAGGAGUAUGUUUUGCAAAUAAGAUAUGUAACGAGGACUGCAUGGCAUCGCUGGCUUUCCGCUUGUAUUUUACCCUCGUAUGACUUCUGUACACCAAGCAAUUUUAAGCUCAUUUUUGUUAAAGUUAGAAUUGUCAGACUUGAAUAUUAACCACAUUGCCAUCUCUGAUUAUUCCAGUUUUGAUUCUUGUUUCAGUUCUUAAUCAUCUCGACUUAUAUAAAAGAUUUGUAAACUCUGAUUUUUAUUCUCUUUCCAAUUCUUCUACCACUACAUGAAGUAAAAGAAUUUAUUACUUU